ACGGUUUCGCCUUCACCCUGUGCCGCCGGAGUGUUGCGCCGGCCUGUGACUCUUCGCUGUUUCCUGCGUUUGCCUCUAGUCUUCUUGUUGCAGCUUUCAAGUGCCCGCGCUGAGCAAUCACGGAGCAUAGUUGUCAAUCCGCCUUGGACAUGGCGCCCGGCCUACUGGAGAACCCCAGCAUCGCGUGUGUCGAAUCACGACCCUCCAAAAAGAUCAAAGUCUCAGCGGUGGCCAACUUCGACGACGACGACGACGAAGACGUGGCGGCAGCGGUCCCUUCGCAUCCUCUGGGUGUCAAGCCGGCCGGAAAUGCGUAUACAUCGUCCGAGAACAUCAAGACUCGAUCUGGACUGUUCGCCAGGCUGCCCGACGAGCUUCUGAGCCACAUCCUUGAGUCAUUCGAUGCUGACGUCCUGAUCCGCUUGGGUAGCACAUGUCGCGCCUUGUAUGCUUUUACGCGCCUGGAUGAGCUCUGGCGAGCACUAUUCGUUGAAGCACCACCAGAGGACUUUGGGUGGCGGGGAACUUGGCGAGCCACCUACCUUAGCACAGCCAAAGAGAACAUUACCUCAAUACCAUGUCCCAAUCUCUUCUCUGACACUCUAUACCGGCCAUUCCAAUGCGCGCAUACCCCUCUAGGGCCCUUUGCACGCAACAUCCCCAAGCAGAACGAGGUUGCACGCUUGCCAGACUUGACCUACGAAGAGUACGCAGAGACAUGGACCAACAAGCCAUUCAUCCUCACCUCGCCGGUCAAAGAAUGGCCCGUCUACGGGACCUGGACAUCUGAAUACCUCCUCAAAAACUUCCCAGAUACCAAGUUCAGAGCCGAAGCAGUAGACUGGCCCAUGACAAAGUACAUGUCAUACAUACACGACAACGCCGACGAGUCACCACUCUACCUCUUUGACCGCGCCUUUGCUGAAAAGACCGGGAUUGACAUCACCGCCCCUCCGUACUCGAAAGAAGCAUCGUAUUGGAGUCCAACAUGCUUCGGAGAAGACCUGUUCAGCGUGCUAGGCGAGCACCGCCCAGACUGUCGCUGGAUGAUCAUGGGCCCGAAGCGAAGCGGUUCAACGUUUCAUAAAGAUCCCAACGCGACGAGUGCGUGGAAUGCAGUCCUCACAGGGAGCAAGUACUGGCUCAUGUUUCCUGCCGGGCCGGGCAUCGAACCACCACCAGGCGUUAUCGUCUCAGAUGACCAGAGCGAAAUUACGAGCCCACUCAGUAUUGCAGAGUACAUGCUCACCUUCCACGAGUUGGCGCGCCAGACGCCAGGGUGUAAAGAGGGCAUUUGCUACGCUGGCGAAGUCCUGCACGUGCCGUCAGGGUGGUUCCACCUCGUCCUCAAUCUAGAAGAUAGUCUGGCAUUGACACAGAAUUUUGUGCCGCGAAAGCAGUUACCUGACGUCCUGAGUUUUCUGCGCGAUCAGAGGGGCGAGGUCAGUGGAUUCAAGGAAGAUGUAUGUGACCGCGCGUACGAGCUGUUCGUUGAGCGAUUGAGGGAACAACAUCCUGAUGUUCUGGAAGAGGGACUCGUGGAACUAGAGAAGAGAGGGAAGAAGAGUAAGGGACGGUGGGAAGAAUUAACUAAGAGUGGAGAGGACAAGGAAGAAGCUGGAGGGUUCAGCUUUGGCUUUGGUGGGGACGACGAUGAUGCUGAUAUCCCUUAGACAUACUUUACGACCAUACUAUACGAAUUGCUUAAUAGUAUAUACUUGACAUGACCUUCUUACAUCAAAUAUAUAAAUUGCCUUGGUUCAACACCAAAUCCUAACGCAACUUCUUAUCAGCAGGCCCUGCCGUCGGCCUCGUCACCUUCACCAAGGC